AUGCCAUUCUGUAGUUCUUGCGGAACAAAAUUAAAUGAUGGUGCUAAAUUUUGUCCAAAUUGUGGUGCUAAAGUUUCAAUAACAGAAACAACAACACCAAAAUUCCAAGAAAUUAAAGAAGUAAAAAUUGAAGAAAAAGCAGCACCAGUUGAAAUGAAAAAGACAGUAGCAGAAGAACACACUAUUUCUACUGCAACUACAGAAGCACCAAAACAAUCGUUUACAGAAAAUGUUACAAUUAAAGUUUGUCAUGGAUGUGGUAAGCCAUUUGAAUUAACACAAGCCAAAGAAAUAUUUGGACAUAUAUAUCAUAAUGAAUGUUUUAAAUGUCAUAUUUGUGGUCAAAAACUUUUUAGUUUUGCUAAAUUUUACAAUGAUAAUGGAGAAAUAAUGUGUCAUCCAUGUAUGUUAAAGAGAGUCCCAAAAUGUGCUAAAUGUGGAAAACCAUUAGUUGGUAAUUUUGUUACUUGUGGAGGAAGAAAUUGGCAUAAAGAAUGUGUCCCAGAAAAUCUCUAA